AUGGCCCCUGAAUACGCAAAUUUAUUACCAGUGAGUGGUAAUUGGAAACAAAAAAUCACCGAUUAUUUAACUGAAGAUGUUCCAUCUUUCGAUUUCGGAGGUUUUGUUGUUGGCAACACACCAGAAACCGGAUCACUUUAUAUGAAACAAUCUGGAGUAAUUUGUGGAAUCCCCUUUGUUAAUGAAGUGUUCCAUCAAUGUAAUUUACAGCAUAAAUGGAUAUUUAGUGAAGGUCAAUUUGUAUCUGAUAAAGAACUAGCUUCUGCUGGUGGUAAAAUUGUUGUUUGUACCGUUAAAGGAUCAGCAGCAAAUAUCUUAUUGGCGGAAAGAACAGCAUUAAAUUUAUUAUCUCGUGCAUCUGGUGUUGCUACUCAAUCUUAUAAAACUAAAAAGUUGGCUGAUGAAAGUGGGUAUACUGGUAUAAUUGCCGGUACGAGAAAGACAACCCCAGGUUUACGUCAAUUGGAGAAAUACGCCAUGUUGAUUGGUGGAGUGGAUACCCAUAGAUAUGAUUUGAGUUCUAUGGUGAUGUUAAAGGAUAACCAUAUUACUUCUACAGGGAGUAUUACUAAAGCUGUGAAGAAGGCAAAAUCAGUAUGUGGAUUUGCAGUUAAAAUUGAAGUUGAAGUUAGUAAUGAAAAAGAUGCUGAAGAAGCAAUUGAAGCUGGUGCCGAUGUUAUAAUGUUGGAUAAUUUUAAAGGUGAAGAAUUACGUCAGGUUGCUCAAUCAUUAAAGAAGAAGUUUGCCGGAACUAACAAGGCUUUCCUUUUAGAAUGUUCUGGUGGAUUAACUUUACAAAAUUUGAGUUCUUAUUUAAGCAAUGAUAUUGACAUUUAUUCUACUUCAUCUAUUCAUCAAGGUGUUGCAACUAUAGAUUUCUCAUUAAAGAUUGAUGCCAAGUAG